UGUGCAACGUGUCACGUCAAGAGAUCAAUGCUGUAGAUUCGGACAGCAUCACAGCCGGAAGAGAUGGUUCGUUGUGCAGUCUGCCUGCUGGUGUGUUUCUACUGUGUAGUUUCGCCUACCGGACACAGUGAAAAGGAUGCCUCGGUAGACUGGGCAGGAGGUCUCACUCGACAUGUUAAAGUAUACAAAGAAGGAGAUACGAUGUAUUUUGAAUGUAAUGCUGACGACAAAGCAGUCAUUGGCAGAAUUCGAUGGCAGAAAUAUGGCAAAGGAGUCUGGAGACAAGUUGCACGCAACAACCAACUCCAGAGCUCACCCACAUCAAUAUACUUGGCACUAACAAAUACAACAGUGAACGACAGUGGUCGUUAUCGAUGUGCAGACAGAAAAAAGGUCGUAUAUGCUGCACUAAUGUUAAAAAUAGGACAUCCUGAGCCUCCACGAAACUUUUAUGUCAGAUGCUAUACUUUCAUUUGUCUACUAAGAUGGCAGAUCCCACAAUACACUGGACAUGGACACUCUGGAAAUGUCAAUUACAUACUGCAGUACAAACUAAAAAAUCAAGAUCCUGUGAGGAGAUCAAUAUCGAGCACGUCGACAUUCAUUCAUCUUCGAAAGGGAAUAAAACACAUUUAUGUACGUGUUUGGUCAAACUCUACAGCUGGUAGAAGUGUCUACCCAAUUGCAUACAAAAUUGUAAUUCCACCGAAUCAUCCGAUCAACAACGACGAAUCACAAAGCUCAUCUGCCGAUGAUGCAGUGAACCAGAAGACCAAGCUUAUUGAAACUCAAGUCACCCCUAUAACUACCUUGGAAACAACAUCAGACACUAGCAGUGUGCCUACAGCAAUGAUUGUAAUAGGUACUGCUGCUGUAAUAUGCUGUGUGCCUCUUCUACUCACAGCAUCACUCGUAAUCAAGACUGCUUGUACAAAAAAACGUCAUCGGCUAUAG